AUGGCAGUCCCUCCAAAGUCACAAGUGCCUCCAGCGAUCUUCGUGUUCUGCCAGGCUUCUUGGAUUAUCGGGUCCGGCACUGUCGGCUUCACCACGCACUACACGGCAAACUGCGGUGGCUUUUUCUGUGGAAGGGAUGGCGGUCCGGACGGUGGAGGGAAAGCUAUUGGCGGCGGAAGGACUGGUGGGCUCAGGACUGAUUUGGGUGGGGUUGGGAUUGUGGUUGGUGGGUGUGGGCUAGGCCCAUUUUGUGAUGGGUUUGGGAUGGGUGAGGAAGUGGGCCUAGAUGGAGGAGGAUUUGCAAGAGGUGGGUGUGGAGGAAUUGGUAGGGAUACGGAGUUUUGGGCUGGAAGAGGGAGAUGUCCCGGUGCUGGUGAAUCCAACGGUGGUGAUGAGGAGGGAGAGCUGGCAUCGAACGGUUGGAAUUCAAUAUUUGGGGAAGCCAACGUAAAAUGCAAGUCCAAGUGA